UUGUUGUGUUCCUUUUCACUUAGCAUACUUAAACAAUUAGAAAGAGAUAGAGAGAGAUUUUUUUUUAGUUUAAUUUGUGGUCAAAUUUGUUCCUUUGUACACAUGUGAAGGAAUUUGGUUGCGUUCUACUCGCCUAGUUUCGAAACGCAUCCAGAUAUAGCAAAGCUAAUUCGCGUUGUGUCUGUUGGCUGCGUUCUUUUCAACGAUUUGUUUCGCAUGUUUUCCUGCUAUCUCAUGCUUGACUAUAGUUGUGAUAAAUCUCUGGCAAACAAACAAUUUCGUCCACAAAUCCUUCCUGACGCCUAGACACGAGCCUGUGUUUACUACGCAAAUAUUUGCCGAAGACGAAGGCAAGCGAGCCUCUCGCCUUCGAUGUGACUAAGACCGGGACAGUCAAACCGUCGUUCCGUAUCGAGUCGCGAUAUCCGAUGAAAAUACCACUUGGUGAGAUGUGGUCGAAGACAGGGACGAUUUUGUUUUACAUUUCUGGUUCAUUGGUUUAACACGGAUUCAUUCGACUGAGGUGUGAAGUUAGGGUAGAAUAGUGCAGUGAUCUGUGAUAAGCCAGUAAAUACCUUUGAAUUUGAUUAUCGGAACGAACAGCGAGGUGCAGUGAAGAAAUUGAGUGCGCUUGAAGGUUAAACCGAUCGAGGUUGAACGUUUGCGAGAAAUCUUAAGACUUAAGUUGAUAAACUACGGCAAGAUCUCAGGGGAAGGGAAUGACUUAAAUAGGGCUUAAACAGCUCACGGAAUUUCUCGUGCGCGUAACUCGACUUCAGUAUAUGAGAUAUAAAGUUGUUUCUUGUGCAAAGGUAAAUAGUUUGUGCACUGAAAAGUUGUUAGUGUCAUUUUUUCUCGAGCAAAUUCAGCAAAAGAGCAUGGCAUUGGCUUGAAGAGAAACACUUCUGUAUCCGUUGAAGUCUGCGACUUUUGCUGCCACACAUCACUGCUCUAGAAUACUGAAGCAUGCAACGAGUUAAGCUGAAGACGCAACGAGCAUUUUGUCUCUCUCUGCUGAUCUGCGUCGAAUUAACACUGACGCACUCGAUAGGAACCCCGGUUUAAAAAGCCCGAAGUUGAACCGCAAACCAGUCAACUUGAACAUCAGAAAGACACUAAACAUGUGUAGCGAACUGGCGAAUCUGCUGCGAGAUGUUAAAGAACGAGUUAAUUUGAGCGAAGGAUUUAUCAUAGAGUGAGGAAUUGGGUGCACAUGUGUGUUGCGAUCAAGAAUAUUGUUUAGUCUGUAAGAGAAUCCUUAUUCAUAACGAAACUUUAGUUCAAAGACUAGUGUGUGUUUUCUGAGUUGAGGAAGCAAUUUUGCUUAAUACGUGAAACUCUUGACUGUCUGCACUGCACAGCACAGCAAAACGGUACAGUUUGUUUUAUAUAAGAGGCAUAAAACCUGUAGAUGCUUAUCUUUCUGUGCCUCAAGGAUGGUUAAGAUGCAAUGAUAACACAGGAAAGGUAGAAUAUAGCGCUUAGAUGACGUUUGAGCCAUGCCAUCAAUACACGCAAAUGCAUCAGUCUUGAAAUCUCGUUCUUAUUGCUUCUGAGAAUAGACAAUUCUAGAACAGCCACUAACAUUGUUUUCUGUUUGUCGAGGUCUUCCCAUGUUUCCAUUAUUGUAUAUUUGCAUUGCACAUUUAUAUAAUGAUUGAAGAGCACUUCUAAAACAGUUUCGAAAUCUAAUAAAAGAGAAACAUAACUGAACAAAGAGAACAGGAUGUAAUCAGCGCUUUCGUCUCACGCUUUCAUCGGGGAAGGAACAAGGAACUAAUUCGUCAUCAUGCAGUUGAGGUUAUCAACCCGCACGGCUUCGUGCCACAAAUAGGUCAUUUUAAGAGGCAACGCUCUCUUGAUUUCGUGCCUGAUGCCGCGCGCUCUUGCGUGCAAAAGUCUCUUCAGCGUUUUCCGUUUGAUCAAGCACCUUCUUGGCCACUUUGGAUUUCAAAGGUCAAAAGCAUUUUCCGCGCAACAUGUAAAUCUUGUCUCUGGGUAGAGCAACUUAAAAACUUUUUCAUCUGCCUCAUCUGAACUAUAUUCUAUCAUAACUCUCAUUGCAAAGUCCACCUAUUCUGAAUGAACCAAAUCAGUAUUUGAUGGUUAGCCCAAGGGCUUAAUUAAUGAACAUAGGUUAAAAAUUCCAAUACUUUAUGCUAAUCAAAAACAAGCGAAAUCAUGUCUUUGUGACUUCAUCCACAGUGUCAGAAAACCUUUGGAAUCUUAAAGAAAAAAAUCCCAGAAAACAGCACGAGCUCAUUCGAGAAAAAAUCAGGCACUGAGCUUGAACGCAUGUAAGCCCUAAUAUCGCGUUUUUUGUACUCAAACCCAGCCGCGCGUUAAAUCUCUUUUUGGUUACAUAGAGAUUAAGCGAAAUUAUGUUCCACCACAUAGACACGUGGCUAGUUUUUUCGGACAGCUGCACUUUUUUGUGCAAUGCGGCGAGAAAACUUCACUGGCAAAACGUUUUGUUGAACAUAUUGGAGGUAUGUCUUUGCUUUCGAGCAAAGGGAAAAUGCCAAUGUGAUGACGUCAUUGGCCUCCAAUGAAGAAUGGAAUUUCACUUGCCCGCCAUGAAGAAAAAUGUACAAACCAAACUGCUACGGAAGCUAGAUUAAAUAUUUUUGUCGCAAAGGCAAUAUACUAUUCACCCACUUUAAGCAUGAAAUGCCAGUAAAUUAUCUAAGACCUGCAAAUAUCUGCCGCGCGAUUGCGCUACAUGCCACAGUAAUUGUCGAAAUAUAGCCGGGAGCAUUUUCUGUCUUGAAAAGCGCUCACAGUCAAACUUGAUAAAAUAGAGUAACCGCGAUUUCCUUCCGAAUCAUUCUCGACAGGACAAAUUUCUGUGUAAGAGCUGUUUAACCAAUUCGCGCCUUUUCAGCCGACUCUCAAGACAUCAAGUGUCUGUGUUCGCUUGUUAACAAGUCAACAGCUUCUUAAAAAUUCAUCUCACGCCCUCCGGAUAUUAAUAUUCAUCUCACAACUUGCACAUUUCAUAAUUAGAAGUCAAAAGGUCUUGUAUACGCUCAGGGGCAAGUCGGAAAACAAUAAUGAAAUGCGCUUAUAUUGUGCCAUGAUCUGCGAGAAGUUAUUUUUCAGGACCAACAUUGCGAACGCAAACAGCUCGCCACGACUUAACGAAUCGAGAUUGCUAGUCUGUACUCCCUAGCUUCAUUCUAGCAUGAAAUUGGCGAAAGUGGCUCAAUCAUUUAUUGCGCGAAAAACAAAUAAUAAAAACAUAACAAUGGCCAGUGGGCGCUAAGUAGUUUCCAAUGCCCGUUAUUCGUGCAGCCGUUUUCCGCUUUCCUCUCGUCGGAAAACAACAAAAGAAUUUUGCCAAAGAGAUGCAAAUUUGGUUGCCAAGCUUCGCUGUGAAAAAGCGCUUUGUAGGACGCUAUUAAGGCAUCACCGACACAAAGAGCGCUUUUCAAUAGGGUUCGAGAUCAUAUUCAAUCUCCUACUUGAUAGUUUUGCGUUUGUUUUGCAUCGACUUUCGCUUGACGCCAGUUUUGCUCCCGCUGCAUAUAUGGCGUGGUGUAGUUAAGGUAGUUCUCUGAUACGGUACAGUAAAUAUCUGAUCCCUAACUAAAAAUCAGUCACAGUUUACUGCUUAUCGCACCUCGCUGCCUUUCUCCUCGGCGCAGAUUCCUUUGCAGUGUGACAAACGCGCGCCAAAGUGAAAUCAAAGACAAUGCCAGCUUACAUAUGGUAAUUUUUUGCGCACAAUCUCGACGCAGUGACAAUCAGGAAAUUCGGACGUUCCCUUAUCGUUAUCCUCGUGUAAUAAGCGUUGCGCUGUAUCGUACUCAAUGCGAAAGCCAUCUGUGGGAAUCCCACAAAAUAUUGACUGUGGUGGUCGGCCUUGAGAAUUUUGGGUCGAAAUCCCGGGGGAAGAAAAUGGUUAUCAAGUGAUAAUACUUCUAUUAAACAUAGAUGAAUGACAGAUCGGCAGUUGUUUAAUUGUUUUCCGGUCACCCAAAUUAGGUUUAGAGAACAAUUCCUUUCUCAACGAACCAAUCAAAAAUUCGUUUUGGGAAAAUCUGUCAAUCAGUUUUGACUUGGGUUCGUUGCAAUAUUCCGAAAGCCAAGGAAUUGAAGGGCGCGAUCAUUUGCAAGUCUCACGUCCGAAACCACGAGGUUUUCGCUUACGGCCCAGUGACAGUGUUUAGUAACGCCUGACUGAGCUCGAAGCGCCUGAGUGAUUUUUGGAAAGGCAAAAUACACACGGAUCGACGGGUCCCCCGGAAUGGCUCACACCACGAAGCAAGGACAUGGAGGGGUUAACCAGCUCGGAGGGUUGUUCGUCAAUGGAAGACCUCUACCAGAUGUUGUUCGAUCGAGAAUUGUUGAGUUGGCUCAGAGCGGAGUAAGGCCAUGUGACAUUUCCCGGCAGUUGAGGGUUUCCCACGGUUGUGUCAGUAAGAUUUUAUGCCGAUUCUACGAGACUGGCUCCAUUAGGCCUGGCGUAAUCGGAGGAAGUAAGCCGAAGGUAGCAACAGGUCCCGUCGUCAACAAGAUCGCCGAAUACAAGCGUGCGAACCCCACCAUGUUUGCCUGGGAGAUUCGGGACCGGCUUUUAAGCGAAGGAGUAUGCUCAUCUGACAAUGUUCCCAGUGUGAGCUCCAUCAACAGAAUUGUUCGAAAUCGUAUCAACAGUGGAGACAAAAUGAGCCCGACUAAGGAAGAGAUUGCAAACGGAGGUUCCGAAGUUAAUAUGAAAGUGGAGAGUGGUGGUGUGCAUGUACCGCGAAGUUCGUAUUCCAUCAGUGGAAUACUCGGAAUGGGAGCCCACCCGCCGAAUUCCAUUCCAUCGAGUAAAAGGAAACAUUCUGUUGAGAGCGCAGAAAGCACAGGGAGCCAUUCAGAAGAGGAGGUCCAAGCAGAGGGAGAUGCUACUUCACCAACAGAUCUCCAUGGACGCAAGAUAGUGCGCCGUCAACGCACUACGUUCUCUGGUGACCAGAUUGAGCAGCUGGAAAAAACUUUUGAGAAGACACACUAUCCCGACGUCUUCACUCGCGAAAAGCUUGCUCAAGAUGUUGAACUUUCUGAGGCAAGAAUUCAGGUAUGGUUUUCAAAUCGAAGAGCUAAGUGGAGGAAGCAAGAAAAGGUGCCUCCUAUCGGAAGCCCCACAGCAGCUAGCCCCGCCCAGACAGUGCCGACAACCUUUAUUAACUCAGCUACUGGUUACCCUACAACUGUGAUAAGCCCUCCUCCAAAUCACCCCACACCAGUUCAUGAUGAGAGCAUUCCAUCUCAUCAAUACCCUCAAGUUCAUGACGAUGCGCCAGUAAAAGCAGAAUUAACGGAGCUUAAACCAGUUUCUGAUCCCAACAUGGCCAUGCAUACAACCAUGGGCAUUCCCAACUUGGCCCCACCACCACAGGUUCAGCAGCAGUCUUAUGACAUGAUGCGAUCUUCAGCUGUGGCACACAGCCCAACGUUCAUUGCUGUCCCAAGCAGUAAUCUGAUACAAGCUUCCCAUCCCAUGGCUAAUGGACAGGGGUAUACUAUGCGCCUCAGUGACCACACUCAGUCACACCCAGCUAGCCAAAACACUUCUUCAGUAGGGUACUCUACUGUUGGGCAAAGUGUGAUGACAACUUCACCCUCUUAUGCCUCACGUAGCCCAAUACAGUAUCAGCGAGUCAUUACCAGUGGAGGUGAUGUUGGUCAGGCUACCUCUCCCCCUGCUGCCAACCCUGCCCCUGGAUAUGUUCUCCCCCCAGUGAGCACACUCACAAGAGGCCAGAUCCCAGCAGACAUGACUGGCCAGUUCCCCCCAUCAAGCCACGCUCAAGUUCAGCCACCAUAUCCUGACCAGUGGAUUCCGUACGCUCCUCAGGGGUUCAUUGGCAGGCCAACAGUGUUCCUUCCAGCUAAUUGGACUACUUCAGCCCCAGCUCCAUCAAGAAUGUCAGGCACAAAACUAAGCACCACUGCAUAAGUUAAAUUUAAUGUGGCACUACUUUAUCUUCGUCAUCAUACCAUCGCCGAAUGUCUAACCAUGGAGUGGUAUUGAUAUAGCUAUGAAAACAGAGUUUGUGAAUUUCUUGAUGAAAUUUAUCAGUGUACACUUAAUUAGAUAUUAGAAGAAAUGUUUUGCAUUAAGUUCUGAACACAUUUUGGGGGUUCCAUGUGAUGUGAUGAAUGGAACUCCGAGAGCUAUCGCUUUUUAGAAAUUCAGAGUUGAACUUCGUGUUUAUUUUUGACUUAAGUUUAUAGUGUAAUCUAUUUUUGAUACUUGUGUGCAGUGUAUCUCAGAAAGUGAUUGUUUUGGUUAAAAACCAAAGAGGAAAAUGCUCACUACAAAACAAACAUUCUCUUAAAUCACAGAUGAAAAUGAUCUAAUGCAAAUAGUCUGUCAAGUUAUGGAACUCAAUUAAUCUACAAGAAUUGAUGUUAAUCCUAGAUUAUCUCAAUCCUUCUGGACUCUAGCAGUCUAAAUGAUGGCUUAUCCGCACUAAGCUUACAUGAAUUCAUUUUUAAUUGAAUUCUCUAAUCAUGGCUCUGGUGUGAAAUCAAUUUAUGCCGUGCUAAUGUAAUAAAUGUUUUUCCCGUGUCGUACACUUUAGGGAAAUUGGCGUACACGUUCGGUGUAUGUGUAUAUAGGUAGGUAGGUACUUGUGAACUUAGAUGUCGUAACUUACUAGUGUAUAAAAUUACUGUAAAGAGGUUAUGUCACCACCUUUCUUCUUGAGGUUUUUGUUGGAGAGCAUAACACAAAAAUAACCUGUCAACAAGUCAACAGUUGGCAAGGGACACGGGGCAGGUGCGAGAAGAAAUUAAUUCUUCCCUCGAAACCUUACUGGCUAGUAAGCAGCUUGUAGGACAAACAUGCAUAUGUGUAUAUGUUGUAGGUCAAAAUGAAAUUCAGGUGAAAAUAAAAUUCCUUUGUCUCUUAACCCUAAUUGUUCAUGGAUCAUGAAUAAUUAGGAUUAGGAGACAAAGGAAACUGCGAAUUAAACUAGGUUAAAAUCAUUUUAACCUACAACCUCGAUCUUGGAAAGAAAAUUGAAAUUAGUGCUAUUUAUUGCCAAAAUACAUGCUGUGUUAUUUCGAGUUCUUAGUGACAGGACCUUGAAAUGAAAGUUCUGUGAUACGAGCUCUUCGGGAAAACAAGGUAGUUGUGAUAGUUACACUUCUGUGGUCAGACGUGUUAGGAUUCAAUGGAAACAUAGUUAACAGAGGGGAGUGGUUAUGAAGCCCGGCAAACAUCAAAGGAGCAAACAAACAUGCCAAGAUUUAUGUUGGAAGGUUCACGACCGUGCACAAUCGUUUGUUUUGCGCUCGUAGGCUAUGCGUGAAUUACAUAACCAGCACGUUUCUACUGGAGAGUUCCUCAGUACGGAGUAAACAGCUAUUGUGUUUUGUGCACGGUCAAGGCAAAAAAAAGAGAACAAAACAUACAACAAAGAACUUUGUCGGGUUUAAUAACCAUUCCCUUCUAUUAACUAUGGUGGAAAGAUUUGCAUGAAUGGAAGGAGUAUUGAUUGAAAGUUUUGUUUGACUAGCAUUUAUCUUAAGUCAUGAGCUCUUUCUUGUUGGUCCUAACGUAGAUCCAAUAGUCUGAGUAACAUUUAGUCGAGAGUAUUUAGAAUACACAGUUUGCAAUACGACUGUAGCAUUUAACCCCUUCCCUUAGGUCUUAGUCUUAUAAAUUUCAUAUCUUGGAAUCUGCAAGUACAGACUUCCCAGAUUAGACCACUGAAAUGAAAACUAUAUGGAAGUACUUUCAGCUUUCAAGAGUUUCCAAUUGUUUUGAAGACACAGGACACUCUAUUGACUUGAAGGAGGUACAGGGUUGAAGACUGGAGUCUGGUCAUGACUAUUAUGAGGGGGUACCAUGGGAGACUUUCAGGGGGUGGGUUGGGAGUAAUUUCAUACAUUCUGAAUGCCUCAAAGUACAAAUGUUAUUAUUUUUUUCUAUAUAUACGCGUGUGAAAUACAUGGCCAUUUGUACAUAUUUACGUCUGUUCGUAACUAAACGUUUUCAGGGCGAAGAGGAAUGCCUUCUAAACGUUUUCUCGCCUAAAUAUGUUGCUUCAAGGGCAGGGUGCUAUGGAUCACGAUAAAUUCUCUUUUGAAUGGUCUUUAAACUCCAUGAUUAAUUGGACUGGCCAAAGAAUGAAGAGGCAGUGCUCAAGUUAAUGAUAUCUGGAAAAGACAGACGUGGUGAAAGGCGUAGAAGUACCCUCUUUAAGUUUUCUAGAUUAUUUUGUAUAGAUAUUAUUUUUAUCGAAAUGCAGUUCUGUACGACAAGAUGUAAAAUAGUCCUUGCAUUUUCGGCGAAAUAUUAGACGAAAUUUCUAUAUCAGCCACUUAGUUUACCAUAAUUUGUGUAUUUGUCCUUGUAAAUUACGCGAUGACGUUACAUCAUCUACUACCUGUACUACCCAAUCCACUGAAACAAAUCGAACAGACAAGAAUUUACAAUACAUUUUACUGUUCGUCCUUUAUCACGAGAGUUUCAGUGUAUACAAAAGUAUCUCUUAGAUAAUUUUUUUAGAAAACAAUAUCCGUAGCGUAUUUUUAUAAGUUAAACGAUGUUUCUAAUCUUUUGUAUAACUACGGAGAUAUUUUUCUACUUUAAGAGAUGUAGUUUAGAAAGUAUUUUUGUAGGCACAGACCAAAACAGUAUUUUUCUCAUGGUUAAUAUAAUGAGAUCUGUUGUACGUGUAAGUACUAUUUAAGCACCGCGGUAUGUAUUUAAAGGAUACAUUUAGUCGGUUUGUCAAUAAUAAAGUGUUAACCUCUGA